CCCAAAAUUCACCAAGAAAAGCCAUGGGACCAUAUAUAUUUGAGUGCGGUAAAAUCACAAAUAGAUAUCGAGCUUCAAUUAGACAACAGCAGUUUUUCCAUAAUUAGUUUAUUAAAAACGCCUUUCAAGGAGAUAAUUGCUAAAAAUAGUAUUGCCGGCAAUGAGCCACCAUUUAGUACGUACUUUAUAUUCUACAAAUCUUCAUACGCAGUUUAUCUGGGUAGCAUUGAGGAUAAUAAAAACAACACCAAACUAAUUGCUUAAACAUACGUUCUAGAUUGGAAGUCAGACGAUGGCAUCAAAAGGUGCAGAACUGAAAGCAGCAGAAGCUGGAACCGCUCCGCCCUCGUAUGUCGGACCAAACGAUGCUGCUCCUCCGCCAUCUUACGAUUCCCUUUUUGGAAAACUAAAAAAAGCGAAGGAAGAAUCAGAUGGAAAUGUUGAUUUCGUUAAGACAUGCUGUGGAAUUCUAGUACGUUCUGUUGCAUGUACUAUCUGUUUAGGGAUAUUCUUGUUGAUUCCAAUAGCUAUGAUUGCCGUAGGAGCAACCUAUUUACACGACUGUCCGGCAGAAAAAAUGAUCCCUAUAUACCUGAUUGUAGCAGGGGUGUUUACCAUUAUAACUAACAUACUAACGAUCAUCCGAGGAGAAGUCAAUAAUAGGAAGGAGGGAGAGGAAGAGAAACAGUCAGGACCUGGACCUGAACAUCUUAUCAUCUGUUUUCUAUUUGCUUGGUUCAUUGCAGGAAAUGUAUGGGUGUACAGAACUUACGAUGACUGGCAAAGCAGUAACUCCAUUUUAGAUAAUUACUGCAAUCCAACGCUGUAUUACUUUUCAUUCUGGAUAAUAUCCUCUAUUUAUGUCGUGCUUGGAGUGUUGACAGUUUUAAGCAUUGCUCUUGGUAUUUGCACGUGUAUCUUUGGCAAGAAGGUAUAACUCAAAACAGUAUGGAUAGCUUCCGGUCACAAGAUCAAACGUAACCAUCGUUCCCAUUUUUAUCAUUUAGCGGCAUUCGGAUUCCUUCACUUUCAACGGAAAGGCAUAAAAAAACUAUCUGUCACCUUUGUAAUGAUGUAGUUGCUGAGAAAGAUACAACGUAAUACAAAUGUAUUUGUUCUUUCAAUAGUGUAGUCUCGUUGUACCUGCUAUAGUUCUCACGAGAUUUAUAAUCGACUGUUACUUAGUUUUUUUCUUAAUAAAUAUGUAUCGUUCAUGGAUAUCUUAUACAAUUCACUGACAAGGGGCGAGAAAAUAGUAUUUGAGAACUAAACAAAUGCACUAGAACUUCAAGGAUAACCCUGACAUUUGACCUCACGUUGCAAUUCACGUGCUACAAAGGGACGGUAUAUAUAUUUAUUGCGUAAAUCCCUGAAGGUUUACGCAGUAUAUAUUGGACGAUGUCCGUAGUCUUUCGGAACACCGGAUAUUAUUCGGAAUACAUCUGUUCUUUCCAUGACCGCCUUGCAUAUACAUGCGCCAUAGCUUAUUAAUUGACCUGUUGAAUAAGCAUGAGCAUCUUAAAGUUGCUAUAGAGAUAUGUUACAUAUGAUGCAUACUUUAUAAUGACGAAAGCUAAUUUAAUUAUCAUUUGAAUACUUUCUUACACGCAAUUACAAGCUGCUAAUAUUUACUUUCAA